CUGAUAUAUGCGAUAAGGAUCAACAUAACACAAAAUUCGACCAAAACCUUCCCUCUCCAUCCUCCGCAAGCUCACUAGCUAUGGCUUCUGCGGCAUCUCCGGCCUCUUUUUCACUCCUACCCUCAACCUCUUCCUCCUCAUCCAGUCGCCGUCUCUCUGCACCGGCCGCUGCUGCCGUAGUGCUGAGAUCUCCGGUGCGGCGUCUAGGCUUCGCCGGUGCAGCGGCAGACUCACUUCUAACGGCCCACGUGGCCUCUAAAAUCAGGGAGGUGGCGGGACGGAGCGGGCGGGGGCCAAGGGGGGUUGCCACGAUGGCGAAGAGGAGCGUCGGGGAGCUCACCGCGGAGGAUCUUAAGGGGAAGAAGGUCUUCGUUCGCGCGGAUCUCAAUGUUCCUCUUGAUGAGAAUCAGAACAUUACAGAUGAUACGAGGAUCAGGGCAGCGGUGCCAACUAUCAAGCAUCUAUUGAGCAAUGGUGCCAAGGUCAUUCUAUCGAGUCACUUGGGCAGGCCUAAGGGCGUUACACCUAAAUACAGUUUGUCUCCUCUUGUUCCCAGGCUAUCUGAACUCCUCGGGAUAAAGGUUCAGAAGGCUGAUGAUUGCAUUGGCCCUGAGGUUGAAAAACUGGUUGCUUCCCUUCCAGAUGGCAGUGUGCUACUGCUUGAAAACGUGCGUUUUCAUAAGGAAGAAGAGAAGAAUGAGCCCGAAUUUGCAAAGAAGCUUGCAUCUUUGGCUGAUCUCUUUGUGAAUGACGCUUUUGGAACGGCACACAGAGCACAUGCAUCAACUGAAGGAGUUACUAAGUUCUUGAAACCCUCUGUUGCUGGCUUUCUCUUACAAAAGGAACUUGACUACCUGGAUGGAGCCGUUUCAAACCCGAAGAGGCCUUUUGCUGCUAUUGUGGGUGGUUCAAAGGUCUCAUCUAAAAUCGGUGUUAUCGAAUCACUUUUGGAGAAAGUCGACAUCCUUCUUCUUGGUGGAGGCAUGAUAUUCACCUUUUACAAGGCACAGGGACUUUCUGUAGGUUCUUCCCUGGUAGAGAAUGACAAGCUAGAUCUUGCAACAUCACUUCUUCAGAAAGCCAAAUCAAAAGGAGUUUCGCUUUUAUUGCCUACUGAUGUGGUGAUUGCUGAUAAGUUCGCAGCUGACGCAGAUAGCAAGAUUGUGCCAUCAUCAGCCAUUCCUGACGGUUGGAUGGGCUUGGACAUUGGCCCAGAUUCAAUUAAAACAUUCAGCGAUGCUUUAGAUGCCACAAAAACUGUUAUCUGGAAUGGUCCUAUGGGAGUAUUUGAAUUUGAUAAGUUUGCAGUUGGAACUGAGGCAAUUGCGAAGAAGCUUGCGGAGCUUAGUGGUAAAGGUGUAACCACCAUCAUCGGAGGUGGUGAUUCUGUAGCUGCUGUUGAGAAAGUAGGAGUUGCUGAUAAGAUGAGCCAUAUCUCUACCGGCGGUGGGGCGAGCUUGGAGUUGCUAGAGGGCAAGGAGCUUCCCGGAGUUGUCGCUCUUGAUGAAGCUGUUCCAGUUGCUGCUUGAGCCAGGUUCUGCUUCUCUCGUCAAAAUUACUUAUUAUAUUUUUUUAAAGAUUCCUAGUAUUUAAGAGCCUCUUGUAGCUAAUCUUCUGAGGUUUACGAGAAUGAGGAUUAUUUUUCUGUCCAUCUAUAUAGCCUGCUGUGAAUUUGGGAAGAACAAAAUCCUGAGUGAACUUGUACGUUAUGUAGACUUUGCUACUUCACCUUUAUUUGUAACUGGUUUUGUUAUUAUGAAAGUCCAUUUGGAAAUAAAAGCAAGAUUAGAUUUUGGGGGAGAAGCAUA